GGAGGGAGGAGUUGUCAGUGGAGGGAGGGGUUGUCAGUGGUCGUGUUGCAGAAAAUGCCAAAUGACGUCAGCUUCGACCCACACUUGCUCUUUUCGGAACUGCACUCAAAACCAACAACGGCGGAGAGGUGAACUUUCGCAACCAAAACCAAAAACUUGUUUCUCACAACCCAGCCAAUCGAAGUCUUCCGAGUACUCAAAGCUUGCUGCUGGGACUUCGGAUUCCUUACUCAAAGCUACUAGUACCUUUAGAAUAACAUUCCGUCUCGCUUUGGUACUGACUAUCUUUCCACAAAAAGCUCUAGCUAGUCCACAUACUACUAGCUAGUUAGCUUGGGAAUGCGACGAUGGGAGCCGUUGAUGAGAAUCCCAAUAUGAACAAAAAUGGUAGCUGCGACUCUGCCAGCUUUGGCAGCCAUGAUGAUAGUAAUCAUAGUAGCCUGCCGCCCUCCAACCACGAACGUCGUCCAUUGAUAUCCUUUGAUGACGAAGACGAUGAUGAGGAGGAUGAACGAGACUAUGGAGCCCUGGGAUCCUCCUUCAUCGACAACAAUGGCAGCCAUCAUUCCACAACCACCAAGAAGAAUAAGAAAAAGACUACAAUCAUGUUGGAUACCAGUCACCACUCCCUCAUGAGUCAGAGUUCCAACCACAGUUUUCGCGAAAGAUUCAAGGAGUUUCGAUCCAUGUCACGAGAAUCCAUUACCACUUCCAUGCGCAACUUGCAAUCGGUCAUUGCCCAACACACGGGGAGCAUUGGCAUGUUGGGCAGUCUUUCCAUUGCCAUUAACAACUUGACGGGUCCGGCCAUGCUCAGUCUUCCGGCCACAUUUGCACGGGCGGGAAUUGUACCCACCACUGUGACAUUGAUCUUUGUCUGUAUCUUGUCGGCACUUUGUAGUCUGCAUAUGGCCAAUACCAUUUCCAAAGUGCCCUUGAAUGCCGAGUUUCAACAGGGCGUCGAAUUUCCAGAAGCCUUUCGAACAUUUUGGGGAUCACGGUGGUUUGUGGCGGCCAAUGGAUUGUUCUUUGCCUGUAUCACUGUAUUGAAUGUAUCGUCGUUGGUCGACAAUGCACAAGUCUUGGAUACCUUUUUGGGGCAUUACAAUCCGUGGGGUGGAGCCUGGGCACUCGCCCUCAAUGGCCAACAAUGGACUGUCGCCAUGGUACACUGGGAUCCUUCCAUUUGCAAUGACCGGAUCCUGUACGAAGGAGGGUGUAUUCCCUUUGCCACACCAUCCUUGGAACAAGACGACAAUCGUCAAACCUAUCUCAUUACAGUCGGAUAUGUCGUGACGGCAGUUCUAUUUUUGCCAUUGGCACUCAUGGAUUUGACGGAAAAUGUACAAUGGCAAAUACUGGGCUUCUUUGUCCUCAUUGUCACAUCCAUACAAUUCAUUGUCACAUUUGCCAUGAGUGACUUGGAUGCGUCUCAUCUUACAUGGUGGGGAGAGCACCAUGAAGACUUGCUAGGAGUGGUGCUCUUCAACUUUGCUCUGGUCAUUACAGUGCCAGCAUGGCUGUAUGAAAAGGAGCCUCAUGUGGACAUUCCAACCGUACUGCAUGCUUCCACCAUGAUAUCCACACUCUUGUAUAUCCUCAUUGGGAUUUUGGGCUGCUUGGCCAUGCCAGGUGUAUCCGACAAUUUUCUAGAAAGCAUCAUGUCCGGAUCCUUGGGUUCCGCCAUGCAAAUCGGGGCAUCCAUUUUUGCAUUCUUCAUUAUUGGAUUGAAUAUUCCUCUCUAUUCCAUCUUGACCCGGCUCAGUUUAAUGGGAGGGGGAAACGAAGCGAGAGCCAACAGUCGAUAUGGCAAUAGACUGUGCUCACGGCCCGUGGCCAAUGUAUUGGCAGUCUAUCUUCCAUUUGGAUUGAGCUGGACCAUGUACCAGGGUUCCUACGUGACGCUAUUGUUAUCCUGGGGUGGCAUGAUUUUCACGUCUCUCGUAGCGUUUCUACUGCCCCUUGCCUUGGCGCUUUACGUGGUAGAGACCAAUUAUGAAGACUGCAAAGGUUCGGUGCCUGUCUAUCCGUGGAAUUUGUCAGAGUACCUAUCUUCCAAGCAAUCGCAAGUACUGGCUCUCAAGGUGCUGUUGCUGGUUUCGUUCGUCGCCGUGGCGGCAGCCAUCAUGGGGAAUGUGCUUGCCGAAGAGAAUGGAAUACAUUCCAACGCAACUCAUGCAACAACAACAACAACAUGAUUCGGGUUGCUACGAAGACUAAGAAAUACCGUGGUUCUUUCCAGGCGAAACAACCGACAGAUGUUCUAUCUGUACGGAUCAAUCUUUCCUUCUCCUACCAACAGUCACAACAACAAUCUGUCUGUCGUUUGAGGCGUUGACUGGCGACAAAUCAACUCCUCCAACGGGAAAAUCUCUUUUACAGGGUACUUUGAUUAUAACUCAAACCUACGAAUGACAAGUGCAUAUGUCAACGAUGUACCAAUUGGGAAGUCGAAGGAUGAUGCGAAGUUCAUCCAGUGUAGCGGUAACCCUUGCCGCGAAAGAAGUCAUCAUCGGAUUGCCGCAGACUCGAACUCUACCUUCUAACGGCCAUAGGAUUUUUAAAAAAGAUCUUCAACUGACAUCACCUUUACCUCCUUUGAAUGAAUAUGCAGAUUGGUAAGAAAGGCAGAUGAGUUGGGUUGGACAAGACAAUACCCCGGUCGAAGGCUGUAGAUGGCAUCCAUCACGUUCUCCUUGUCAACCAAAUCCGAUGCUCGAAUCAUCCCCUCUGGAUCGAUGAGAUGGUCAGGUCGCACUGCGGCAAUCUUUUUGAGAAAAUUUGUUUCUUUCAAAAGCUCACGUGCCAUGUUCGUGGCAUCAUCUUCCUCUUCUUCACCACCGGUCAUGGCAACCCAGCUGUGCAUGAACUGUAGGGGAAGCAAUGUAACGUCCUUGAAAGCUUCCGAGGAUGUCAUCGGCAUCAAAUCAAGGAUGCUCUUCAAGGUGGCCCUGUGUCGUAGCAUAGAAAUGGCACUAAUAGAAGGAUGCGAGAGCAGCUCCUCUUGAAAGUUUCCAACCAGACUACUGGCAAAGAACAUUGCGGAUGCCACCAUAGUGCGAUCUUCUUCUUUGUAGCUCAAUCCAAACUUUGCCGCAACUGCGAAUGCCAAGUUGGGUCUUUUCUCCAUGUUCUUUUUCGUGUGGCCCAGGCACAUCGCACCAAGCUCGUCCAAGUCGUAGAAGUCGGCUGCCACCAAUACAUCCAGCAGCGUGUCCAUCUCCAUUGGCGUCAUCUGGGAGGGUUGCAAUGUCGGGAUACACCCCAGAUGGCAGUAGUACUUGACCGUUUCAAUGACAUUCGAGGAGAAUCUGGGACACACUAGACCCUUUUUUGGGUCAAAGUCAUCGCCACCGAGCAUCUCAUCAAAUACCUCGCUCGCAACGCGCAACAUGUAGCUUUGACACUUGACUUGUUUGCCAUCGCUGCAAUAAACAGUCAGAUCAUUUAAU